AUGUUCCUUCCCAAAAAUAUCACCUCAUCAUGCCACAAAGCUCCGCUGGUAUACAUGCUCAGAACAGAGAGUGGCUUCAGCAUUCAGAGAAGAGGGGACAACACACAACUCAUCAAAUUCCAGCACUACAACCAAAAGAACAGGGAUGAUUCACUUGUUCCCAGCGCACUGGCCUCGGUUUCUAUAAUGCGUGUGCUUCUUGCACGGAAGCUCGCAGCAUUCCUAACCUGCUUGUGGUCUCCAAGUGAGACAUGGCUGUACUCCUGGACGCCUUCGGCAACGUUUCCAACAGCAACAGGUGCACAUAAUUGGUGCCCCGGCCGCAAAACUUACAUUCAUCUCUGCUGGCAGUGCCCGGCACUCCUCGUUGAAUGUUAUAUGGCCAUUUCUACCAACAUACUACUCAACCAAUUGGUCCCAUCCACUUGCAGCCACGUUGCAACACCACCUGACUUUGGUGGGUUGUGCAAGAUAAAUGCAUACCCGACAAUUGAGGUCUGGUAA